AUGAAAGCCUUCAACGCUGGAAAUACCGCUGCUGCAGCAAACAUAUACGACCCUGAUGGUUACUUUAUGCCAAACGGCAAAGAUCCGGUAAAAGGACGCGCCGGAAUAGAAGCAUAUUUCAAACAAGAUAUGGCAGAAGGAGUCAAAAGUGUUCAGAUAAUUACGGAAGAAGUGAACGGGAGUGGUGAUUGGGCAUUUGAACGUGGCAGCUAUCAUCUAGACGGCACUCGUGGUACUGAAUCUGGUGCUUAUCUUCUUGUAUGGAAAAAAGUCAAUGGUCAGUGGCUUAUACACAAUGACUGUUUCAAUGUCAUCAAGCCAGCGCCUAAUUAA